GCGCCGAAAAGCCUCGUAGCACACUCUGCGCCGAGCCGGUUCCGAGGUUGCGAAGAUUGCGCAAAGGCACAGCCGUUUCAGUUUCUGUUCAGUUCAAGCCGACAGCUUGCUUGACGGUAGGGCGGGCAAGCCCCGACAGUGGUUCGAAGAUGCAGCUUCUGAAGCGGAACCGAGCCGCCAAUCCGAGCUGCGUCAUUAGCAUCCAGAGCGGCGUAGAGGAGGUGCAAGACGCAAAGGUGCACGAGGAGUGCGAUUUUCUGGUGGAUGUCCUCACCGGCAAGAGUUCCGUUACGCCGGAUUUUUGCUGCAAGGUGCUGUAUAUGAUCCUCUGCACCUGUUUCACGACCGAAUCGCGCCAGAAGCGCUCCACGGCGGCGAUCGAGCAGCAACGCCAACCAACGACCUACCAGACCAUCUGAGCCGCUCUUAAGCACGCCGCAGCCAAAGUGUGAAGUGAAACUGCGAUCGUACAGGAAGAGAAACCUUCGCCCAAUUACGGUGUGCGUUCCACUUGGUGGAACGUUUCGGUGAGCCCCAGAGUGUUUCCGUAAUCGCGGCUCAUCAACGUGAUCGUGGAAGUGCCUGGAAUAAGAAAUAGUGCAAUAUGACCUUCUCUGCUCCUAGGAAUUUACAUUCGUCCGUAACACAGCAUGAGACGUCAACGCCUCCGAUUAGGAUUAGUAGAGCAGCGAAUUAGGAUUAGUAGAGUUGUGGUCAUGCUCCGACCAGCUCCGUCGUAGUCAUUAUCUGUAAUGCAGUUUUUUGUCAGUGAUUCACUACUGAGCCCCUAAA